GCCCUGUCACAGCGAGACGAACGCACGCGAACGUCUCGAAACGCCCAGCAGCGGCUGCAGCAUGAACAACACUCCAUCUGGACCCACGCUAACACGCUGAAACAAUUGCAAUGCGGGUUCGUUCCCGGGAUAUUGGUCCUGCAAGGAUGUCUCGAUGGUAAGACAGUGGAGGGAAGCUGAUGUAUAUCGUAAGUACCGCCGCAGUGCCAUCCUCUUUCAUUCAUCCCACUACAGCCUUUCGUUCUUUCGUCGGUACUUUCUUGCCAUCACAUUCGUUACAGCUGGUUCCUGUCAUUCCUUUCACCAUGUUUGCCAAAGCCGCCUUCUUCAACGCGCUAGUUAGCGCUGUUUCCGCAGAGAUUCUCUGGGAUGGACGCUUCAAUGACCUGACAUCGAGUGCCGACCUCGAGAAGUGGUCUUUCUCCAACCCAGUCGGCCCUUAUCAGUACUACAUCCAUGGCUCCGGAGCCGUUAGCGACUACGUCAACCUCGACACCUCGUUCAAGAACCCCGCGGACACGGGCUCGAAGCAGGGGGUCAAGAUCACCAUUGACGAGACAGCCAAGUGGAACGGCCAAAGCAUGCUCCGCACCGAGCUGAUCCCGCAAACCACCGCCGCUAUCAACAAGGGCAAGGUCUACUACCACUUCUCUAUCAAGACUGCGUCCGAGAACGCGCCUACCGCGACCAACGAGCACCAAAUUGCCUUCUUCGAAAGCCACUUCACCGAGCUCAAGUACGGCGCGUCCGGCAGCAGCAACACCAACCUGCAGUGGCACGUCGGCGGCGUGUCGAAGUGGGACGUUGAGCUCGUUGCAGACGAAUGGCACAACGUAGCCUACGAAAUCGAUUUCGACGCCGGCUCCGUGUCUUUUUACCACUCGACGGGAAGCGAUGCGCUGACCAAGACUGCCGGACCCUUCGACGCGAGCACGUCGUCUAACGGUGCUGACUGGCACCUGGGUGUCCUGCGCCUUCCUGGCAGCAACGAUGCUGAUGGUGCAGAGGACUGGUUCUUCAGCGGUGUGUAUGUGGAGAGCGGAGAGCUCACCACGUCGGUGGUAUCUCCUGGUGGCUCGAGCAACUCUGGCUCGCCUGCUCCUGCUUCCAGCGCUGCGCCGGCCUCGAGCGCGGCUGCGAGCGCCUCUGCUGCACCCGUGUCUUCUCGUCCCGCUACAUCUGCUGCCGCGCAGACCCCUGCUGCUUCCUCCUCGGUAGCAGUCGCUCCUUCCGCAUCUUCGCCGGCUGCUACUUCCGCCCCGGCUGCGUCCUCCGUCGCCGUGUCCUCUGCAUCUGCUCAGCUACCUACCACCCUCGCAACCGUUAUCGCAACGCCCACUUCGGCGGCACCCAGUGCCUGCGCUCCGGCUUCGUCGAGCACCGCGCUUCCUGAGGAGUUUACUAUCCAGGACUUCAUCGCCUGGCUCAAGGUUGAGACAGGCGCGAACUAAAGAGACCGAGGAGGAGGUAUUGGUGGAUGUUCUGUUCUUGUAGAUAUGUAUUGGAGAUGCUUAGGUAUACAGUGUAUAUACGCGCAAUUGAGUUGUUUGUAC